AUGGCACCAAUGAUUGACAAGCAAAAUGCGAAGAACAAUGCGUCGCUGCCUCUCAUACCCCUCCAACCUCUCCUUGAGUCCUCACCAGCCACCGCAGACAUAGCCAACGGUCUGCUUUCAGCCUUUCAAACAGAGGGCUUUCUCUACUUGACGGACUUUCAAUCUGUCAUUCCUCCUGAAAUGAUUGAAAAAGUCUUUACUCAGUCCGCUGGGUUCUUCGCACUCCCACUGAAAACAAAGAAUGUAUUGGAAUGGUCCGGACCUCGUGCAAAUCGUGGCUACUCCAGCCUCGGGCAAGAAAAGAACAGCCUCGCUUCCACCAAGGAGGGCGUAGGUAUUGAGCGCGAAGAGAUCGGAGACGAUCUCAAGGAGAGCUUUGAGAUUGGCAGAGAGAAGGAAGAAGGCUGUCCCAAUCUGUGGCCUGUCAACGGAUGGGACGAGGCGUUCAUAUUCAGAAGCACCAUGCAAGACUUUUUUAUGCGCUGCAAGGAGAUACACAAGCUUCUCAUGCGGGGUGUUGCCCUCGCGAUGGGACUGAAUGAAGCUUUUUUCGACGGUUUUGUGAGAACAGGAGAUAAUACUCUUCGACUAUUACACUACCCUGAGGUUGCUCCUGGCGGCUUCGCCGGAGGUAAAAGGGUGAGGGCUGGCGCACACAGUGAUUAUGGAAGUAUCACCCUCCUAUUCCAGGACUCACGAGGGGGUCUCCAGGUGGAGCACCCGAGCGGAGGCUGGCUCAACGUGGCACCGAUUGAAGGCACAAUUGUUGUCAAUGCGGGAGACCUGCUCACUAGAUGGACUAACGACCUUAUCAGGAGCACCAAACACCAAGUUGUAGAACCCCCGUCUCCUCGUCCUGAUGGCGGCCAUCCAGCCAGGUAUUCGAUAGCUUACUUUUGUAAUCCAGACUUUGAUCGAAAUAUCGAAGUGCUCCCGGGUACCUGGGAGGGUGAGAAGGGUGGUAAAAAGUAUACCUCGGUCAACAGCGGCGACUAUCUAGUGCAACGGCUGAGCGCAACGUACUGA